AUGCGUGAGUGCAUCUCUGUACACGUUGGCCAAGCUGGAGUCCAGAUUGGUAACGCCUGCUGGGAGCUAUACUGCCUUGAGCAUGGCAUCCAGCCUGAUGGCCAGAUGCCCACAGAUAAGACCGUGGGCGGUGGUGAUGACUCCUUCAACACCUUCUUCAGUGAGACCGGUGCAGGCAAACACGUCCCUAGGGCAGUGUUCGUUGACUUGGAACCUACAGUAGUAGAUGAGGUCCGCACUGGCACAUACAGACAGUUGUUUCAUCCAGAACAACUUAUCACUGGUAAGGAAGACGCGGCCAACAACUACGCCCGUGGUCACUACACCAUUGGCAAGGAAAUCGUUGAUCUAGUACUCGACCGCAUCCGCAAACUCGCUGACCAGUGCACCGGCCUGCAGGGCUUCCUCAUCUUCCACUCAUUCGGUGGAGGCACUGGCUCAGGUUUUACCUCCCUGUUGAUGGAGCGACUCUCCGUGGACUACGGAAAGAAGUCCAAGCUGGAGUUCGCCAUUUACCCUGCACCCCAGGUGUCCACCGCCGUCGUCGAGCCCUACAACUCCAUCCUCACCACCCACACAACCUUGGAGCACUCUGACUGCGCUUUCAUGGUCGACAACGAAGCUAUCUACGAUAUCUGCCGCCGCAACUUGGAUAUUGAACGCCCAACCUACACCAACUUGAACCGUCUCAUCGGCCAGAUCGUAUCCUCCAUCACGGCCUCCCUGCGUUUCGACGGCGCCCUCAACGUCGAUCUCACCGAGUUCCAGACCAACUUGGUGCCAUACCCACGUAUCCACUUCCCUCUGGUCACCUACGCGCCCGUCAUCUCCGCCGAGAAAGCUUAUCACGAGCAACUCUCUGUGGCUGAGAUCACCAAUGCUUGCUUCGAGCCAGCCAACCAGAUGGUCAAGUGCGACCCCCGUCACGGCAAGUACAUGGCCUGCUGCAUGUUGUACCGUGGUGAUGUCGUGCCCAAGGACGUCAACGCGGCUAUCGCUACCAUCAAGACAAAGAGGACCAUCCAGUUCGUGGACUGGUGUCCUACCGGUUUCAAGGUGGGCAUCAACUACCAGCCCCCAACUGUGGUUCCUGGUGGUGAUCUGGCUAAGGUACAGCGUGCCGUGUGCAUGUUGUCCAACACCACCGCCAUCGCAGAGGCCUGGGCUCGUUUGGACCACAAGUUCGACCUUAUGUACGCCAAGCGUGCUUUCGUGCACUGGUACGUCGGUGAGGGUAUGGAGGAAGGUGAGUUCUCUGAAGCUCGUGAAGACUUGGCCGCACUCGAGAAGGACUACGAAGAGGUCGGCAUGGACUCCGCCGAGGGCGAGGGUGAGGGAGCCGAGGAGUAUUAA